UGCUGGACAGCUUGGGUCCUAAGGGAGCCAAAGAGUGACCCUGGAAAUUCUGUCUUGGAUCUAGAUCUUUGAAGACACCCCUCAUGUUCUUUCCGAGUGUUCUCUUCUCUGGCCUGAACACUUCAGCUGUUCAACAAGACCAGAUACUAGCAGAUGGAUUCUCUUGGGAGAAAACUGGGUUUUCGGAUGAGCCCUUUCUGGAUCAAGUCAGACAUUUCCCCCGCUCCUUGCCAAUAGAUAAGCAAGAAGGAGGCAGUCCUGGAAAAAGAAAGCUAGGAGAUCUCAGAAGGGGAUAAGUCAGGUCCCUAAUUAAAAGCACAGAUAAAUGCCCGAUUAGACCACUCCAGGCUGCCAGGGCAGCAUAUUCUGAGGGCUAUCAGAAACGCUUUGUUGCUGCAAAGGUCUUGGAGAUCCCUGUUCUACAGAUUACCUGUGGCUCCUGGCCCUUCAGCACAAGGAAAGGAGAUAGCAAAGAGACGCCCUUUUCCGGUGUCCUGGGCUCGACAGGAUAAAAGGAGGCAGCACUCUGGGUGCUCAUCAGAACGCUGUCUAUCCAUCGGUGAUCGCUUUCUUCCAUCGCCAUCAACUCCGUCUUUCCCAGCAUGAGUCGGCAACUGAACAUCAAGUCUGGUGGUGACAAGGGUGGCUUCAGUGGGCGCUCGGCAGUAGUGCUGAGGAAGGCCGUGGGCAGUGCGGCUUCUUACCGCGCGGCUGGCAAAGGACCUGGGGCUGGCUUCGGCAGUCGGAGCCUCUACAGUCUCGGAGGGAAUCGGUGUAUUUCCCUCAAGAUGGCUGGUGGUGGUGUUCGGACUGGAGGUUACGGCUUUGGGCCUGGUUCUGGGUAUGGAGGGGGGCGGGCCACAGGCUUUGCUGGCAGCAUGUUCGGCAGUGUGGCCUCGGGGCCUGUGUGCCCAUCCAUGUGCCCACCCCGGGGCAUUUACCGGGUCACCGUCAACAAGAGCCUCCUGGCCCCCCUCAACGUGGAGCUGGACCCUGAGAUCCAGAGGGUGCGUGCUCAGGAGCGGGAGCAGAUCAAGGCUCUGAAUGACAAGUUUGCCUCCUUCAUCGAUAAGGUGCGGUUCCUGGAGCAGCAGAACCAGGUGCUGGAGACCAAGUGGGAGCUGUUGCAGCAGCUGGAUCUGAACAACUGCAGGAAGAACCUGGAGCCCAUCCUCGAGGGCUACAUCAGCAACCUGCGGAAGCAGCUGGAGACGCUGUCCGGGGACAGGGUGCGGCUGGACUCGGAGCUGAGGAGCGUGCGGGACCUGGUGGAGGACUACAAGAGGAGGUACGAGGUGGAGAUUAAUCGGCGCACAGCAGCUGAGAACGAUUUUGUAGUGCUCAAGAAGGAUGCAGAUGCAGCUUACACAGUGAAGGUGGAGCUCCAGGCCAAAGUGGAUUCUCUGGACAAAGACAUCGAGUUCCUCAAGUGUUUGUAUGAUGCGGAGGUGGCCCAGAUUCAGACUCAUGCCAGUGAAACCUCUGUCAUCCUAUCCAUGGACAACAACCGGGACCUGGACCUGGACAGCAUCAUUGCCAAGGUCCGAGCUCAGUAUGAGGAGAUUGCCCUGAAGAGCAAGGCCGAGGCUGAGGCGCUGUACCAGACCAAGAUCCAAGAGCUGCAGCUGGCAGCGGGCCGGCACGGUGAUGACCUCAAACACACCAAGAACGAGAUGUCAGAACUGAACCGGCUCAUCCAGAGGAUCCGGUGUGAGAUUGUGAAUGUAAAGAAGCAGUGCGCCAACCUGGAGACGGCCAUUGCCGAUGCCGAGCAGCGGGGCGACUGUGCCCUGAAGGACGCCCGGGCCAAGCUGGACGAGCUGGAGGCCGCCCUGCUCCAGGCCAAGGAGGAGCUGGCCCGGCUGCUGUGCGAGUACCAGGAGCUCCUGAGCCUGAAGCUGGCCCUGGACAUGGAGAUCGCCACCUACCGCGAGCUGCUGGAGGGCGAGGAGUGCAGGAUGUCUGGUGAGAAUCCAUCCUCCGUGAGCAUCUCCGUCAUCAGCAGCGGUGGAAGCAGCUACUACCACCCCAACUCUUCCGCCAGCGCUGACCCUGGGGCCAGCAGCGUGGCGGGCAGCUCUGGCAGCGCUCAGGCCGGGCAGACCAGGGCCAAAGGGGCAUGCGCGAGAGACCUCAAGGACUCCCAAGACCUCAAGGGCAAGAGCGCCUCUGCCAGCACCCCAGCCAGGAAAGCCACCCGAUGAGCCCCAAGGACCCACUCCCCCCAGCACCUGGGAGAAGAGAUGUCCUUGCCGCCACCCACCCUGGAGAUGCCUGCUGUCCCCCAUCCUCCCCCGCUGAGUCCUGGGACUGUCCGUAGUGCACUCAGCCACCGGUGCCUUGGCUCACCUCACUGUCCAGCUCUGACUCGCACCAUCACCUCUCUGUCUCCUCAGGUCCCGUGUGGACUCUGUGACUUCUUGUUUUCCCUGCUGCCUUCAGCUGGCAGGAGGCUUUGGGACACAGGCUAUAAUUACCUUCUUGGCCUUGGGAAGCUAUGGUCCUCCCCAGAGGGAUAGGAGAGGAGGGAGAGAGAGAGGGAGGGGAGGAGGAAUAGUCUUGUUCUGCACUUAGGCUGAGUCAGCAGCUGUCUGGGAAGUCCCCCUCCCCGCCCCAAUCCCAGCUUCAGGGGUGAGGAUGGGUGGUGAACAGUCAGCCAGGCUUUGCCUGUCCCCUCCGAAAGUUCUUUGUGGAAUGACCCCCUUAUUCGGAAGAAAAAGUGUAUGUGUUCAGACCAUCAGCUGUUCCCAUCGUCACAAAGCCAAAUGGCAGAGAACUGGGGUUUCCGGCCACCUUGUGUCACCCACCCACUCCUCGAUCACUGGUAAGAGCUAUGGCCCUAUGCUAAGCAGCGGCUACGUGCCAGGCUCCCUGCAUGUGUUGCCUCUCCUGUCAUUGGCACGAGGUGGGUGCAACUGGCAUCCUCAGGACGGUCCUCUGGGAGGCUGUAGUACCUGUCUCUGUCACCCACUAAGUGCCCGGGCCAGGAGUUGAGCCCAGGUCUGGCUGAUUCCACGGUCUAUAUUCUUUCCAUGGCAUAUCACUGCCUCUGUAACAAAGGGAAUUUUUUCAAACACUCGAUUCUUUCGGUGAAGGUAGUGUAUGUUGCCUUUUUGUCAAGGGCUGUGGGUAUGUGAUUUAUCUUUAGUCCUCUCACUACGGUCCUAUCCUGCCGUGCUUGUGAUUCUCAAUUUCUGUUGCUAUGAGCUGUGUUCAGUGAGGGGAGCUUGACCUGUCUCUGGUGGUACCGCCCAGCCCAGAAGUCAUGGCUCUUGAUGGAAACAUUCCUAAGAAUGGCAACACCCAGUCCCUCCUUUGCUUGAGUUAAAGACUUUGGAUCUCUGCUGUAUAUUCAAUAA